UACGCGAGUGAAAGAUCGAUCCUUGGGCGAGUCUCAAGAGUAAAGAGGAGCGAUUGAAGACGAGAGCGAUUUUGCGCGGUUUGACAGACUUAUUAACCGUACUGUCGCCUUAUCACGAAAAAGAUCGAGAAGGAUUGUUAUUAAAAAGACAAAAAAAACGUCGAAUAGCAGAGUUUGGUGAAUCACGGAAAGGUACGCCUAAUAUGGCGAGCUCCAGGUUGAUCGCGUCAUGGAACGAGCGUAGUACAUAAACUGCUAUUCGAUGCAUUUCACAAUACUUUAUGACGAGGAAAAUAGAGAAAAACGUCGAGAAAAUUGUGUUUAAAAAAUUCGACCGGUACUUUGACAUGACAUAAGAGCGUCGCAAUCGCCUCAAACCUCAAUGUCGCCGGAUUGCGCCGGAUAGUUAAUUGCUGCUAAACGAAACGUUCGUUCAUUGUCUAUUAUAAUCUAGAAAGAGAGAGAGAGAAAGGAAGGAAGAAAGAAAAGGACAGCAAAGUGCAAAGUUAGAUUCACUUAACCCAAAUUUAUACAGUGGAAUCGCCGGAUGAAAAGGCGCAAUCCCGAACUUUAUCGCUGGACUUUAUCGAUGGUGCACGAGAAUAGAUCAACUGUAAACGUAUCUGUUUUCAGCGCCGGCUAUGAGAUCAUUGUACAAACAUAAUGACGGACACUCGCCCUUGCCGCGACACGAAAAUCUCUCUCUGUCUCCGUCGAGUUUUCUUCUCAGCGGUAUCGCGUGACGAACACGUUGAAGAAGCCGCGAAGAAUGCGCGAGCGUAAGCAGGAGUCGAGGCUAUCGGUGUGUGAAAAAGUGUGCGGGAUCGGGACGGUUCGCGAAGCAUAGUGCCGCAAAUUUUAAGUGUCUAGUGUCGACAGCUCGGUCAACCAUGAAGAAACAGUUUUUUCGAGUGAAACAACUCGCCGAUCAGACCUUCUCCAGAGCUGGUAGAACAGAAGUAUUAACGGACGAUUUGGUGGCUGCUGACAAGCAUGUUGAACAGAUAAGAGCAGCUCUUACCGGUCUUACUAAAAGACUCGGAAACCCACCGAACCAAGCUAUUACACAAGAUCAGGCUCUUAAGGAGAAACGAUUGAGAAAAUGUCCUGAGUAUAUACUCGGGCAAACCAUGUUGGAAAAUGCUGGUGAAGAUGGCCUCAUGAGUUUUGCGUUAGUAGAAUGUGGGCGAGUACAAAUGUCACUGGCUAAUGAAACUGUAGAACAUGAGGCAAAAGUCGAGCAAUAUGUGGCUGCCCCGUUGCAGCAUAUUUUAGAUACUGAUGUACCAAAUAUAUUGAAGUAUAAAAGAAAUUUAGCACGUCAUAUUUUAGAUAUGGACAGUGCGAGAACCAGAUAUUUUCAAGCAAUUAAACAUAGCACUGGUACAGGUGCAACAAAGAUAGAUAAUUUGAAAGAGGAAUUAGAAGAUGCUGAAUCAAAAGUUGAACAAUGUAGAGAUCAAUUGGCUGCAGAGAUGUUUCAGCUUAUGUCGCGAGAGACUGAACUAGCUCAAACAAUUAUCCAAUAUAUAAAACUUCAGCGCGCAUAUCAUGAAAGUGCAUUGCAUUGUCUUGAAGAUCUUAUACCUGGAUUGGAGAGUUAUAUUAAUGAUAAUGAAAUGAAGCCAGUCUAUGGGUAUCCUCUGGAAGAACAUCUUAGGGUAACAAACAGAAAAAUCGCACUGCCCAUACAAUUAUGUGUAUCUGCACUAUUGCGUUUGGGUAUAGAGGAGGAAGGUCUCUUUAGAAUAGCUGGCGCCGCGUCGAAAUCGCGACGAAUUAAAUUAAGUCUAGAUGCCUGUUGUCUCACUUUAGCGACAGCCCUUGAAUACAAAGAUCCUCAUGUUAUUGCCGGCGCGUUGAAAUCAUACUUACGCGAAUUACCGGAGCCUCUAUUGACAUACAAAUUGUAUCAUGAAUGGAUGACUGCGGCAAAAAUCUCGCAUAAUGAUACGAGGUUACGAGCUCUUUGGGAGGUCUUACAUAAAUUGCCACCAGCGAACUUGGAAAACUUACGGUUUUUAAUUAAGUUCUUAGCUGUGCUCACGAAGAAUCAAGAUAUAAAUAAGAUGACUCCGCAAAAUAUCGCUAUUGUCAUUGCACCAAAUCUGAUUUGGAGUCCGCAAGAGGACGCAAAUACGAUAGUGAUGAAUAUGAGUACAGCAAACAAUUCUAGUCUUAUAGUAGACCAAUUAAUUACAUAUGCAGAUUGGUUUUUCCCCGGCGAAGUGGAUUUCGAUCGUGAUCUGGAGAUCGGCAUUAUGAAUGAUAUGGAAAAUCAGAGUAUUGGUAUGCGCCGUUGUGUGUCCAAUUGUAGUCUCAGUGAUAACGGUGAAAGUCCAACGCAAGGCAGUCCAAAACCAGCGGCGCGACGAAAAAAUAAACCAGCACCAACACCGCCAGGUAGCAAUACUCCGGACAGACAUGAGAAAAGAGACGACAAGCCGCCACCGACGCCGGACAAACCACCGAGAGUGUUGACAGCUACUCUAAAUCGUUCGACAUAUAAAGCACAAAAGCACGAAGUAAACACCGAAUUGAUACGACACGAAAGUAAUACAGAAAAGCAUGACAAGCAUGCAGAAACAAAGUCGCAAUCAAUUUCGGAAUCGAUCCCGACGGAAUCAAUUCAUGUUGUUGAUAAUCCCGAACAAUUACAGGAAACUAGCGCUCCUCAAAAUGAAGUCUUCCACGACAUGGAAAAAAGUACCCAAGAACUGCAAAGAUAUGAUACAAAAGUAAAUAUACCAAGUGCAAAGGAGAAACCAAAUGGAAACUCGUCCGAUAAUGUUGCUAAGAUAACUACAGAAAUUGAGCAUAGUGAAAUUAUAGUACAGAAACCAAAACCAGUGCCUAUAGAAAAACCUUCCACAUUAGAAAGGAGAAGACCAAUUGCGGCACCAAGAAGUAUAACAAAUAUUGUGCAUAACACAGAAGAAGGCGUAGAAUUACGUAAAAAAUCAGACAGCAAUGUUACGAAUCUGCAUGUGUCUCCAAAUGAAAGAAGCGGUAAACCAGCAAUCCCUGAACGACCACCUGGUUUAAUUCGUCCAUCGAGCCUCAUUAGACAACAGCCACGUUCCACUAAUGAUAAUUCAGAAACAGAUCCAGGGCCUUUAACACUGGAAAGGGCUCAUGUGUACUCUGUGGACAAACAACAGGUCAGUAUAAUACAAGUGCGUGGGGGGAACAACAUCAUCCCGAGCAUGGAGAGCACUGGCAACACGGCAACUUCGAACUUGCAGAGAAGUCCAAGUGUGGGUAGCCGUCCGUCGUCAAUGUCAUUAUACGGUGCUGAACGUUCGGAAAAGCUUGAGAUGCUGGACACGCCACACGAACAAACUAAGGCGCACAUACGAACUAGAUCGGAAGGUAAUAUUAUGGACGUUCAAACGCAGACCAACACAGUGGUGACGAUUCUCAAGUCGCCGCAGCAGAAGCCGGCUUCGCCGAGAGUUCUUCAGCGGCCGCCGAGGCCGCAACCACCGCCGCCGCCGCCGCCUACCAUACGGCCGAAGUCGGAACAAGAAAGCACUAAUCUCUAAUGGAGCUCGAUACGAAAUGCAAGAGACAAUCGCAACUUUGAAAGGUAUUGCAGAUGUCUUUAUUUUUAAAAACGAAGAUUUUAUACGCAUGAUAUCACCAAUGAAAUCUAUACAUAGACAAAAAAUUACUGGAAAUCUUCGAUUGAUGAGAAGCAUCAUGAUUGUAUUUAGAGGAACAUCGACACGCGUUCGUCCAUUGAGGAUUGAAAACGAGGCGAGUAUUCAUAGAUUUGAUAAUAUUCGGACAAAGUUACUCUAUUUUUCCCAUGAUCUCCCUUUAUACGACUUCUUAUCGUAUUCCAACGGAUAAUCUAAUGAGAAAAAUGUUUUGAGAAUUGCCAUUAUACGGUAACAAGAAGAGGAUCCAUAUAAGUAUGCAUUUGAACGUUUAGAAAACGUUUUGCAUUCGGCAGCUUUUAGCACGCCGUGCGUUGUAUCCAAACUGGUUUUAGAUAUACACCUAAUUUCAUAAUCAUGAUAUUUUUGCAGCUUCUUACCAAUUUUUAUACUUAUUUCGAAUAAGAAGAGACAAGUUCUAAGAAUAAAAAUAUGAGUUUAGAUCACAUUUCUAUUGUAAAUAUUGAAGUGCAUAAAGUGUGCUUAAUAUACAAAAUGGAAAUGUUAUUACAGAAUAAACUUUAGUCUGCAAAACGUUAAAUAACAUGAACGUUUAAAAUAUAAAUUUUUAAUUGAUGUUCAAUUUAAAAGGGGAAAAAAACGAGUUAAUGUUUGAAAGGACUGAUAUGAUCAGUAUGUUAGAAUUGAAUUAAUGGGUGAUAUUUAUUAGAGAAGAUUGUUUGUUAAUCGUUAUAAAAUGCUGGAAAAAAAUGAACGCAUCGGCGUCUUAUAUUUAAUCGAUUUGAUGCAUGACUCUAGAUUACUGUUAACACCUGAAAAGUAAAAAGGACUCUUUUAAUAUAAACAUUAAUUUUUAUAUGUUUAAAUCAUGGAAUAUUUACAAUUGUACGCAAUGAACUCGUGAUCUUGGAUUAUCUGAUUAAGAUAAUCAUGCCAGUUGAGUUUAUAAAUAUUAGAUAUGUAUAUCUGUAAUAGAAUAUUUAUCAAUUAUGUACAAUUAUUAGAUAUUAAUGCAAUCAUUUUUGUUAGUUUUCUCUCUUUUCCAAAAUAUAUAUGUGAACUUUAUAAUUUACAAUUAAGUAAUAUAAAAUUGUCUAAAUUUCAUUUCUCAGAAAUUUUCACUGCACUAUUUCAUAGAUUCAAAUACAAUUCGUAAUGUGCCUAAAAGAUCUCGAGUUUAUUGUACUUUGUUCUGUUGAAGAAGAAUGCUAGAUUUGCAUUUCUACAAAUUUUCGUGAACGCUUUAAAAAUAUGGAAUUAUUUCGAAAUUAUUUUGUAUUGUUCAUAAUAUUAAUUAAGUGAGUUAAAUUUAUAAAAAUCUAGCCAAUGACAAAUCACGCAUUUACCCAAGGUGUGCUUAGGCUGUGAAUGUAAUGGAUUAUUAGAGGAGUUAUUUGUACAUAAAUAAAGAUUUACUCUCUAUUAGAA